UCCCAGCCAUGGCCUUGGUCCUGCCGCUGCUGCCUUUGUUGCUCUCAAAGGUCCAGGGGAAUCCCGAGGUUUCUCUGGAGGGCAACCCUGGGGACCGGGUGAAUCUCUCCUGCAUAGGGGUCUCCGACCCCACCCGCUGGGCUUGGGCGCCUAGUUUCCCAACAUGCAAGGGCUUGUCCAAAGGGCGCCGUCCGAUCUUGUGGGCCUCGACAAGAGGGACCCCAACUGUGCUCCAGUACUUCUCUGGCCGCCUGCGUUCCCUGGACACUGGUAUCAAGCGACUAGAGCUGCUGCUGAGCGCCGGGGAUUCUGGAACCUUUUUCUGCAAAGGACGCCACGAGAAUGAGAGCCGCACAGUGCUUCAAGUGUUAGGGGACAAGGCAGGUUGCCCCCCUGCAGGAUCUACCCACGGGUCCGAGUAUCCCAAGGUCCUGAUUCCGCUCCUGGGCGUUGGGCUAGUGCUGGGACUGGGAGCCGCGGGCUUGGUCUGGUGGCGGCGCAGACGCUCGCCCCCGCCCCCACCCCCGCCCCCGCCUGGACCACUACCCACAUUUGCUCCAGUCAUAAAUGCUGAGCCACAGAGACCUUUAGAACAGGAGUCCAAGAUCUCAGGCCACCUGGACCAAGAGCCGAGCCUGCACUAUGCUGAUCUGGACCACUCUGUCCUUGGGAGGCACCGCCGGAUGUCCACAGUGGUUUCUGGUGAUGCCUCCACUGUCUAUGCGGUUGUAGUAUAAAGGGAAGCCCUUGUUCUGCCAACCCUUCCUAUCUGGGGCUUCCCUGUAUAACCUCAGCUAGAAGGGGCGGGCACCAUGGACAGAGGCACUGAGCUAGGAGACUGGCUACCUGGCUUGCGCUCGCCACUGGUCAGCUUUUUUCUGCCACUUCCAUCUUCUGUAACAUUCUUCCUUUUCCACCGCUGCCCUCUCUAAAGAUGAUCAAGCUGCCUGUUAAACUUUUUUUUUUUUUUCCAAGACGGGGGUUUCUCUAUAUAGACUUGGCUGUCUUGGAACUCCAUAGACCAUAGACCAGGCUGGCCUUGAACUCAAAGAAUUUACCUGCCUCUGUCUCCCAACUUCUGAGUUUAAAGGCACUGCCUGGCCCAAUGAAGCAUUUCAAACUUUAGACAUAGACCAGCCUAAUUUACCCUUCUGACUGCACUCCCUCUGCGGAUUGGCUGCUGCUGCUCAUGCACUCAAAGGUUGCCAGUGAUGUCCUACCACAUGAUAACAUUCACCCCUCUUUAAACCAGGGUCUACUUUGUUGCUGUUGUCCUUGUAGAUGCUGAGCUGUUCAGCUUGCCUCUUUGUUUCCCCUUACUCUUCUUCUAGGAAGCUGGCCCAUCAGUCCUCAGCCCCCAAAUGACACCCAGUAGUCCUUCCAAGCCAGAUCUCAGACCUAGUACACUCUGUCCCGAUGGCCUCAGGCAUUUUGCCCAAGGCCUGUUAAACCUGACUCAGUCAUUUCUUAAGCCAUCCCCUGGGUCCUCCUCGGAAAUCUCUUCAAGAACCCAAGUUGUCCAAGCCAGAAACUGGGAAUCAGGGUACACCACCCCCUUCUCUCCCACACAAGGACUUAUCAGGACCCCACCCCCUGCUUCCACUCCUUUUAAAGACAGGCUCUCCUAUGGCUAAGGCUGACUUUAAAAUCCCGCCCUCCUUGCCUCUACCUUCAGUGUUUGGAUAAGAGUGGUUGCAAGCAUGCACCACCGCACAAGACCUUGUCUGUAGUUGGUCACUGUCCUCUGUACCUUUCUCCGUGUCCAGUGCUGCCACCAGAAGGUACUGUCAUCGUUUGCUUCAUGGGCGACCCACAGACCCCUCUGAUCCUCGUGCCCUGCUCUUCCUAUUCAAAGAUUCCCAGGAUCAACCACGGGUUCUUUUCCAAGGCUUCAGCCCUGGGCUGUGGGUGUGGACUCUGCGUUCAGGCUCUAGCGCCGGGCCCCCUUUUGGGCCUAUUCAUCAUUUUCUGUGUGCACGUGACCUCCUUAGAGAGAUUCUCCACAAUGUUCUCGUUGACUUUUUGAAAUAAAUUCUGUCUUCUGGAUUCCUUUUUCCUCUUCCUCCCUUCCCGACCAGAUAAUUGCCCUCAGGAUUUUAUUCAAAUGUAGCUUUUUCUGGGAUAGCCUCAUCCCAAAUGCUUGCCCACUUCUGCACAAAAUUUGAUGCUCUAGAACCCCCCUGGUUUUUCCUCAUAGAAUCAGACUCCAGCAAAUAAAUCACCCCAUUACAACACAUCUGGCAGGUUAUAAGAAAAUAUCAGGAAGUAUGAGUUCAGCCUUGGUACAUGAAUGAGCGUCCUGGAAAACAUCCCUUUAUCAAAUACAGGCGGACUUUUAAUCCUG